AUGCAAGAAACAGUUCUGCAAGUAGCAAUACUUACAACUGGGGGCGUAGCUCAGAUGGCUACACUCGGUGAGCUUGAACAGUCAGUAGCUACAAGACUGUACAUGCCACAUAGUAAGAAAGCUAACGACUGUACAUCAGUAUGGUACUAUUUUCUCCAGGAGGAGGGUAGACAUACCGCGAAAUGUAAAAUGUGCUCUGCAAUACUAAGAACUACAAACAGCGCUACAAGUUGCUUGCUGAGCCAUCUAUAUAUGAAGCACAGCAUUGAUCUCAGAGCUAUGCGACUGUUCUACAGACCAGAGGAUCAAAAAAUUAUGUACCACAUCAGAAAGCCGGUAAAAGGUCCUCAGUUUGGGCUUACUUCCUACAAGAAGAAGGAGCACGCAAAAGCGCUAAAUGCAAAAUAUGUUCAACUAUAUUGA